AUGGACAAUUCGGUUUUACUCCGAGGCCAAUACACAGGUAAAUUAACUCCGUCUAUUAGCGAGAAUUUUUUGCAUUAUGCAUUUUAAAACAAAAAACAGAACUAGGGCAGAGAUAGUGUACUAUCCGUAAUUUAAAUUAUCAGCUUUUGAGAUUUCAUUCAUGGACACAAACGCUAUAGAGCUAAUUUUUACAUCGAGGGACACUGCUACAUGCAGACAAAACUUGCAUAAUUAUAAUAUGAUUUUCUUUCAAAUGCGGAAAAGCAAGAAAAUUUUAUCCAAGAGUAAGCUUUGAGCUUAUAACUACCUUUUAUGGCCUUAUCACCACAAUAAAAAGUUAAGCAACGGCUUUCACUUGAAUGGUUACAUUUAAGACUUUACUGAAAAGUUAUAAUAAAAUACCUCCCUUAUGCUCGCACCUAAACAAAAAAGAGCACCAUGAGGAACGAACCAACCCUUUCCAUUAGAAGAAUCAAAUUAGCUUUGCAAGUUUCAAAAAGAUCUGGGAUUUUGGAAACUUUGUAACUCGGCGUAUUUAAUUAGGGCAAGUCGAAAAAAUGGAGCUCUUUAAGGUAACUAAAUCGACGGCAGUAUAGUAAGAAGAAAACAAGGUUAAAGUGAUGAUCUGACUUUCAGUUGUCUCUACUGUCAAUCGGUUGUUGUGUUAAUACAAUGCCAUCAAUUUUUUAAAAAAAUCAUAUAUAGAUAGGAACCAGCGCCGGGUCGCUUUUAUUCGGGAACUUCUCUUUAAUGAAUCUGAUGAUUCAAGUAUAUUCACUGCAAGUAGAUAUGAUCAACUCUUAGUAACUGACAAUCAAGUGAGUCAUUCGCAUUUAGUUUACAAACUGGCAAUCGGCUUCUGCAAGAAAAUAAAACAAUAAGAAAAAAACUGGCGAUACUUAAAGGCCUUUUUCGUUUGCAUUGUUUGGAAUAUGAUCUUAAGGAAACGCCGGAAUUUUUGGUGAAGAUGCCUAGAGGUCUUAAAUCCAUUUGAUAUUUUUAAGGUCUAAAUUAUCUAAAUGUCAUGGAGACAUUGUUGUCACUCAUUUUUUAAGGACUUUAAUGAAUUUUACUCUUGAAUUUAAAUUUUGAGGUUUUAUUAUUACUUGUAUACUUUACAUAUCAAGCUAAUUCAAACUAGUACCUCAUGUACUACUGUUUUAAUUAUUUUCCAACUGAUUUGAACAAAGGUCAUUCAUUUAUUCAAAAACGUAAGAAAAAAUAACUUCAAAAUGAUAUAUCUUAUUUUAUACUAUUUCCUUUGUUGGUAAAGACAAAUGCGAAGCUUUACGUUUCAUUUACAAACAGGAAUAGGAAUAUGAGUGCGAAAGGAAAAAAAAAUUCAAUACACGGUGAUUAAUUAUUGAAUAUUGUUUGAAAACAGUAUAUCUUCUUAAAAAUACGUAUUUAGGGUAAAAUAUUUUCACGUAGGAGGCAUAUGCGUAAUAAGCCUGCGUUAGCAACACGUGAAUAGUAGAAGUACGUGUAAAUGUUAACGCAAAUUUGAAAAUUUCUUCGUCAAAUGAGAGGUUAAUGUCGUAUUUACUCAAAUGAGCGCCUACGCAUUCUCGAAAUAGCGUCCGGAAUAAACGUCACAACUUACAGUAUUCUAGAAAAUACCUGCUGUCCCAAUCCCUCACGUCCUUCAUUAGUAGGGCCAUUCCGGUAUCAAAAAAAGAUUUCUUUCGUAAAAGUAGAUGCGGUUGGCGGGACAAACAUAAUGGCCCUAACUAGCCUCGGGAUCAAGUUAUUAAAUUAAAAAUGAAAUUCCAUUGUGUACUUAUUCGUGUCAUAUAUAACUGAAAGUAACAUGGAUUUUCAUUCAAAAAAAGGUCGAGGUAAACUAUGUUCUUUUUUACAAAUAGGAGUUUUUUUUUCAAGGAUUACUUAUAAGGAAGUCUUCAACUUUUUUCCAAAGCAAUUUGCCACUAGGGCGAUAGAAAACAAAAUACUUAAUGAGGAUGACAUAAGCGGCUACCUCAAGUAAAGUUUCUCCUUCUGUCGCACUAACAAUAGGGACUUUAAGAUCCAACGACGCGGACGACAACGAGAACGUCAAAAAAACAAUUGGUUUAAUUAGCAAAACAACAACUUCGCACGUGCAUCACACUUUUUUGUACAUUUCUUUCCCGUUUUUGCACGACUACGACGUGAAAAUGCCUAAUUUCGCGUUUUAUGGAGGACGUAAACAAGCAACGACGAAAUUUUGUUUCUCUUUCUGAGCUUGAAUUUGGUCCCUUGAAAUUCAGCUUCAGGAGGGUUCGCCUACAAUUGACAAAGUAAGUGGGUAGGAAUAAUCCCUUUAAAGACUGAAAGAACGCAAAUUCACUUUUUACGCGACGUCCUUGUCGCCGUCGCGUCGUUGGAUCUUAAAGUCCCUAAUAUUGCGGGCGACCAGAAGAGACCACAACUCUAAUCUCCACGUUCCUCAAUUACUAAGGCUUGUAACGUAUGUAGCCAUGAACUCCCACUAAAAACAAGCAUUAAACAAGCUUUAGAAAAAUGAAAAACAAACACGGAAAACUGGAACAUAGGUUUUCACGCAGGAUUCAAAUAAAACUCAACAUGUUUUGUAAUUUGCUCUAAGUUUGCAAUCAACUUAAGUCAGUAACCACCUCUCAUGAAGGAAACAUUUUUAAACGGGCUCUUUAUUUUUACUUUGACUACUCUCAGGGGCACCCAACGAGAAUAUAGUUCAAAACCACUUAAACAUAGCAUUCUUAAACGCAUUUUAGUGUUUAAACGGUAGAUAUAUAUAUAUAUGCAUAUUUUUAUCCCUUAAAAAUUCUUCAUCUGUUCGGAUUUCCUAGCUGAAAGUCUAGUGAUUCGAAAAUUAUAGGGAUCAAAACUUACCUUUUCGAAAAUUGCAGCCAGAAAAAAGGCUCCCGAAAAAUCUAGGUGACCUUUUUAAGGUAAAAAUCCGUUAAAAAUGGGCAAUUAUACCAUUAUUUAGAUGUUCGAAAAUCCUAGGAGAGGCAGGCAAGCAAGAAAUUUUACAACAAAUAUUCCGAAAAUUCUAGAUCUCAAAUCGUCUUCCGAACAGAUAUUUUCCGAAAAUUAACGUUGGGUGCCCCUGUACUCUGGCAUUAAUAUAUUAAUUAAUGAACAUUUUACAGUCAAGCCCAUAGCUUGCUCCGCAUCGUUGACAUUUAUUAUUUGAGUUAGAUGUUAAUGGUGACAGUUUUCAUUGUUUGAGUGAUAAAGCUUAUGACACAGCUCCUUUAACCGUUUAAGUCUCUAUAGUGACCUGCAUCAAUUCUCUCCAAACAUUUUCCAUACAACAUAUAGACAGACGGUUAAGGGAAAUGAUAAAAUAAUCACCAAGUAUGAAAUGCUUUAAUCUUGAAUCAAAUGCUCUCAACUAAUCCUUCAAGGGAAUAUAUGGAGAUCAGUAUGGAGAAUUUGCAAGUGGAUACUGGGGCUUUUAAACCCCAGUAUCCACUUGCAAACCCGGUUUAAAAACUGGGGUUAAAAAGGAAAGGCACUGACCAUCUUGCCAAACCACACGGGCUGGCGUUUUCGAAACCUUACUCAGUUCGAUCCUAAGUUCUGUAGGGGUUGGGCUGGGCAAACAAUAAGAAACUUAAUGGACACAGCCUAAGGAAAUUUCAAGUAAUAUAUCAAACAUGAGACGCAGUGUUUCAUCACCAGAUGAAACACCGAGAAGAGAGUUGAAAAUACGACGCGCAGCGGAGUAUUUUUGACGAACUUCGAUGUGUUUCAUCUGGUGAUGAAACACUGCGUCGAAUGUUUGAUAUUUCUUCUCAAACAAAAUCAUUUUUGAAGGAGAAAUUAAGGAUGCAAAUACUGAGCAGUUUUUCAUCCGAUUUCCAAACACUCAUUAAACAUUAAUUUUCUUUGUAUUUUCUUCAUGAAUUAUUAACGAGUUUGAGAAUGCUUAAUUACAGCCGGAUAUCCUGGAUUCAAACCAAGAGGAAACUUUUCUUUCUAAACAAUAUAAUCGGAUUUCAUUCAAAUAAAUUUCUGUCAAGGUAUAUGUAUUUCGAAAAGCUUUGACGAAAGGGAAAUCCGCUUGUCUGACACCUUUUAUCAGGGGCAACCAACGUCAAUUUUCGGAAAAUAUCUGUUUUCGGAAGACUAUUUGAGAUCUAGAAUUUUCGGAACAUUUGUUGUAAUAUUUCUUGCUCGCCGGCCUCUCCUAGGAUUUUGGAACAUCUAAAAAAUGGUAAAACUGCCUAUUUUUAACCUAUUUUUACCCUAAAAAGGUCACCUAUAGAAUUUUCGGGAGCCUUUUUUCUGACUGGAAUUUUCGAAAAGGUAAGUUUUGAUCCCUAUAAUUUUCGGAUCACUAGACUUUCAGCUAGGAAAUCCGAUCAGAUGAAUUUUUUUUAGGGAUAAAAAUAUGCCUAUAUCUACCGUUUAAAUACUAAAAUACGUUUAACAAUGCUAUGUUUAAGUGGUUUUGAACUAUAUUCUCGUUGGGUGCCCCUCUUUUAUGAAGGGUCUCAAUAUUAAACGACUUCUAUAUUUACAAAUCAUUUGGUGAUCUAGUAGAACAGGAUGUUGUUAUAAUAUUUGGAAUAUUUGCCAGAAAACUAUGAAUAGAAGACAGAGAUAGCGUUAAGAGAAGUUUGAAAUGUUGUGAUGCCUCGUAAAGGGAACAGGUUGGAACUUUUGUACUAAGGCAAGCGAUGAAUGUGAUAUAGCCUGUGUUCACACUCUACCGUAUUCUCUGUUUUCACUCACGUGGCCAGCAUCUGUGCUAAUUUAUUGAAACAAAAGAAAGUUUUUACAUAAGAAAAGAGUACAAUUCCCACAGGGUUUUUUUUAUAUUCUAAUGGAUUUCUAUUUUGUUAUGUAUUACAGUUUUGUACACACUGACCCUUAUGAACACGUAGGAAAAAUACAAAAAAAAAGAAAAGAAAACUAAACAUAUAUACAUCGCAGACUCACACAAUUACAUACUGAUAAAAAAGAAGGAAAGAAACACACCCCAGAACAUUCUUCUCUAUUUACAUGAAAAAUUAGUAAAAAUUAAUAAUAAAUGACGUGAGCGGCGAAAGGAUCGUACGCUGAUCACAUUUAUAUUUGCUCCAUUUCAUAUUGUGGGUCUCCAACUUAAUGUGACUUAGCGAUCAUUGUCUCGAUUAAGAAAACAGUAUUAAUUUUGGAAUUAAGGACUCUAAUGGAGGGAGAAUAUUUGUUCUGUCUACAAGAGUAUAGAUAUUGUUUUGCCAGUAAUAAAAUAUGAUUCAAGAAUGUCUCGUCCUCACGUCCAAUAAUACCAAACAUUAUGGGGUUGUCUUCGUACACCAACAUGGCCGUCAUUUCAUUGUUCAUCGCUGUGACGUCACACGAAAACGCUCUAUAGAGCUUCUGUUCUCACAUAAGAACUAGGGGAGGGCAUUUAUCCGGGGGGAGGCUUAUAAUCGGAUGUAUUGUUUUUUUUUUUUUUUAACAGGUAGAUGCGCCUAUAAAUGGGAGGGCUUUUAAGGUGGAGGGCGGGCGGGGGCUUGUGAGCAGCAGGUAGGUCUGUUACUUGUAUCCCUGAAAAUCGUGACAAAUCACUUUUCUCUCUCACAGGCAUAGAUUCAUUCGCUAAGAAACGCGGUACUUCACGAAGUGCUUUCCACUUAUGGGAAUUCCUUCUUGAACUUCUUGCGGACGAGCGCUACGUUUCCUUGAUCACGUGGACGGAUAAAGACAAGAGAGAAUUCAAAUUACGCAAUCAGGAGGAGGUGGCGAAGCGCUGGGGAGAGCUCAAACAACGCCCUGGGAUGAAUUACGAUAAGCUGAGCAGAGCACUUCGAUAUUAUUAUCAAAAGAAUAUUAUUAAAAAGGUGAGUGGACUUUGGACAUGCAUGUUCUACACCCUUUUCCAUAAAUUUGGUAUGGCAUCAGUAGAGGCCAUUUAAAUUGAGAUAGGGACCCCAUGUUGGUGAGGUAACCUGCCUGUCCAUAUAAUCUCUCAUAUUUUAAUUUCAUCACGUUUACAUGAUAGGUGGGGUGACCCGCCGGGGCGCGUUCCCCGGUCUGCCAGACGGGGUAACCCUCUCAGCCUGGGUCGCAUUUUCCCAUGAAACGUUUCACCACGGGUAACCCGGCUGACUGGGGCCGAAUUCGUGUUACAUCAAAUUCGCGCAAAACUCAACUAACUGCUUAAGAUAUUACGAUUUCUAUAUAACCGAGACUCUCUCCAAGUUUCAUGUAUUUUUAACGUUCCGCGAAACUAUAACCUAGCGUUUACGACAAAAAUUCCCAAAAUCGUGACUAACUCGUCGCUAAAUUUUAAUCUAACAAGUGAAGGUAAUUUGCGAAUUUGUUUUACUUUUAAAGGUGAGCGGCCAACGAUUAGUCUACAAGUUUGUAGAUCUUCCGUACAACUACAAGCCAAUCAAAAACCUUUACGACAGUGGCAUUUUAGAGACAGACCGCGCAUGCGCAGGCAAGAAUCACGAAAAGCAAGUUCCUGCGCAUGUUCAACCUACGCGAGAAACGGCAGCAUUCCAAGUGAUUUCCCACUCAGGCUACAUUGCAGCAUCCCAAGCAGCUGAUUGCACAGUCCACCGAGCCCCUGAGUGCACAGUCCACCACCGCGAUCCGGUUAGUUAUGAGCAUCUGACUCAGAUGAUACCAGUCCGACGUGGAUGUUGUUGUGGUAGUGAAAGCCACGUGAUCAAGCAUAUAUCGGUGCCAGUUAUUAUGACCUGUGGACAGCCAUCUGCCCUCCCUCGUUGUAAACUGUCGUCUUCGGAUGGCCAAGCGUACGCAUAAAGCCUCUGUAUUUUUUUGAGUGUAAAUAGGCCACGUCUGAAAUGUCCUAAGUAACGUUGUUUCAAAGCGAGAAUAAGUGCAAAGCCGUUGACAUCCUUUUUAUUUCCACACUCGUUAUUUUUGUAUCAGAAAUCGAAGGAGUGAGAUUUCUGAUACGUCAACAACUCGUGCAUAAAUACCCUACGCCCGCACUUUCCACAACUCGAAGUAUUGUCUAUAUUCACAAGCAAGGUUUUGCACUUAGCCUCGUUUGAACAUGAAAGUUCUUUUAACUCGGAGAAGGCUUGGGUUUGACCUGUCGUGAGCCACCUUUGCACUAAACGCAAAAAAUCACUUGCGUUACCGUGGUUUCAAAACUGAGUAGAGAAUCUUAUUUGUUUUUGUCUCAGUCGAUGUUUAGUUAGUGCUAGUUAACAAGCAAGCGAUGUUUCCUUAUCCCUUUGGAUUCUCGGUCAGUUCUGAGAUUUACUCCAGGACAUUAUUGGCGAUAUGAGACUAAAAUAAAAAAAAAAAAAAUCAAAUACUGCUGAUGGUGCGAAGAUAUUUCAUUUCCGGCCAAAGGGUCGAAGAUGCAUUCACGGCACCCAUCUGGAGAAAAGUGUUUGGCAGUUAAAAUCACGGUCACACGCACCGUUAGUAAGUAUAGCACGCGCUAAACUAACGUUUACACUCGGGUCACUCUGAGUUAGGCAAUGUUCACGCUAUACCGGUAGCUUUUCGUAAAGUAUGAACUGGAACAAGUCGUUCACACACAUCGUAGAUCGUACCGGAGCGAUUGGGCGAGACAGUUUGGUUAACUAUUAAAAUCACAGACCUUACUCCGGAAUAUUUACUUUCGUCUUUUUUCCAUUCCUUGCCCCUACUCAUUUACUUCCGUCACGGUCCGAGUACCUGUUCACAUUGCACCAUCAAGCGUAGAAAAGAACCUAUCCGAUAUGUGACGCUCUACUUUAGAGAUCGGCGCAAAAAAGCAGCCUCGCUCCAUCAUACAGGGGCACCCAACGAGAAUAUAGUUCAAAACCACUUAAACAUAGAAUUCUUAAACGUAUUUUAGUAUUUAAACGGUAGAUUUAGGCAUAUUUUUAUCGCCUAAAAAUUUUUCAUCUGUUCGGAUUUCCUAGCUGAAAGUCAAGUGAUCCGAAAAUUAUAGCGAUCAAAAACUUACCUUUUCGAAAAUUUCAGCCAGAAAAAAGGCUCCCGAAAAUUCUAGGUGACCUUUGUGGGGUAAAAAUCCGUUAAAAAUAGGCAAUUAUACCAUUUUUUAGAUGUUGGAAAAUCCUAGGAAAGGCAGGCAAGCAAGAAAUUUUACAACAAAUGCUCCGAAAAUUCUAGAUCUCAAAUCGUCUCAAAUCGUGCCCCGGAUCAUAGAAACCACGUCGAAAUCAAAGUCCUUAUGCGUGUACAGAAGCCCUAUCCCGUAUGGUUCUCACGCAGGCGCAAAAGCUUCCCGGUUAAGCGUCAACAUAGCCUUAAAUAUUACCAAGCGCAACACAUUAUUUCUCCAGAUUUUUUAAACGUGCGAAGGUGGUUAUAGGGAAAAGUUUAAGCCCGUGAGGCUCUUGUUGAGAACAAUUUAGAUUACGAGUAGUCUCUCUUUUUUCUUAGUCUAUCUAGAGAAACGCUCGAGACACGAAAAUGGCCACGCAAGAGACUGAAGGCGCGAGAAGUCUCUCUUUUUCUUCAUAUUUAGAGCGCGCGAGCGUGCGCGCGAGCGUGGCAGCGCGAGAAGCCUCUUCCGUCUUGCACCUUCAGUCUCGCGCUUUGUCAUUUUUGUUCCAACAAGUUUCGCUCGACGGACUAACAAAGAAGAGAAACUGCUCGUAGUCUAAGAUCAACUUCAUAGAUCAAUUUUUUUUUCCAUUAAAUUUUGAAGGUAAACCGUUUUGAUGCCAAAGAAAAGUGGCCUUGAUUCUGUUCUAUUAAUUCAAUUGAAUGAAUUCUAAUUGCAGCGGUAUUUUGCUGAAGUAAUAUUUUUUGACAGUUAAAUGAUGUUUAUGAAUUGAAGUUAGUUAAAAAGGUGUUAAAGAUAUCCAAUGCAAUCAUUAAAAUGAGUUUUUGUACAUGUAUCUUAGUUCAUUCGUCACUAGAAAGGCAAUUGCCCGUACACCUCUGUACUCAAA